AUGCUUCGAUAUUCACUUUUCUAUCUUAUCUUUUAUUUGGAUUUUUUCAUAUUACCAGCAACAUUGAAUAAAAUUGAUAUACGACGAGAAAUGGAUCAUCACUCGAAAUAUCCAUACAAACAUUUUGGUCAACAUUAUGAAUACAUUUAUGAAACACCUUCUUCACCUGAUCAGAAACCUAAAUUUCGGCUUUCAUAUGAUUCAAUCGGUGAUGAUACUGAUAUAACACGAACAAUUAAGCGAAUAAACAAUUUAACAAAUCAUAAACCAAAAAAACAUUGGCAAUCAAAUUUUUUAAAUGCUCAACAAUUUCAGGAAAAAUAUUUUAUUCAUCAAAGAAAAAAUUCCGACACCGCGAAUUUUCCACAAACAAUCAAUAAUAUAUAUAUGAAAAAUGGAUGGAAAGAAAAUGAAAAUGCUCGAAAGCGUAUGCAAGAAGAAUAUGAAAUUAUACGUCAAUUAGUUAAUGAUAUCUUUGAACAAGCACAGGAGGAAAUGUCAAGAUAUCCAACUUUCGAUGUUUCGCGUUUCCGGAAAAUAUUUUCCUCAGCAACCGAUAUGUCAGCACCGUUAUCAGAAAAUUAUUUUUCCAGAAGAAGAGAAAAUCCGACUUAUGAUUCCGAUAGAUUUCGGUCAGUGAAAGGAAAAGACAAAAAUAUUCACCAAAAAUUUCACACGCAUUCGUCGCAGAAGCAAUAUAACAAGCAUAGGAUGCCGGAAAAUGCGAGACAUAAAAUAAAAACUAAUAAAGAGCGGCUCAAAGAUAUGAUAAGGCAUUUGACAAAUAAUGGUUCCUUAAAACAGCUUCGAAAUGAUGCCAGUUAUCAAUUAUUUGGUAUAUUGCCUAAAUUUGAUCCAAGAUUUCCGUUUGAUCGAGCGUACAAACUAAUGGACGACCUACGACCACCAGAAAUAUUGAAAUUUCCAUCGAUCAAUUUUAAUAAUUAA